GCGUACCUCUCUUCCGCGACUCCGUAAAACAACCAACCUGGGACUAAACCGUGAUGAUCGAGGAGGUUCUCUCCUCUGCCGCCUCCUCAGUCCUCGCGUACCCUAGGCCAUGGCUUUCAUCGUGUCCAAGCUCGCGCGGGCAGCCUUCGCAUCCCGCUCAGUCAGAGGAGCGCGUCUCCCCCAGACUGCCGGCGCCAUCCGUCGCAUGUCCGCAGCUGCAGGCGGUUGCGAGUCAGAAGAAGAUCACAAAAACUUUCCCCCUGUUGAUACGAAUUUCAAUUUCAUCGAGUGGAUGGAAUCAUGCCGCUACGAGUCAGGAAAUGAUCCAAACUUUCCCCUCGUCGACGAGAAUUCCACCAAGUCCAAGGAGUCCCUGUGGGCCUUGUAUGAGAGCUGGUGCAAGUAUUAUGAAGUGUCCCGUGACCGUGAAGAGAUGGUCCGCCGGUUCAGGUCAUUUAAGGCCAGCGCGAUGCGGGUGUACAAAAUGAACAAUUCUGGUUCUUCGCAGGUGUCUCAGCUGUCCGCGUUUGCAGAUCUGACCAAGGCGGAGGCUGACUACGAGUAUAGCAGGUUACGAUGCCGUAAGCCAAAGUUCUCGCAAUACCGUGCUACUAGAUGAAAUCAAAUCAUCUAGUUUUAAUA